GGGCUGUGCAACACAGAGAAGACAAGUAGUGAUUCUACAGCAUCUUACUACACUGAUGGUCAGUGACUGUAAUGGGGUUUGUGGGGGGGACUUGGUGAAGGGGGGACCCUAGUAAACAUAAUGUUCUUCAUGUAAUUGUAGAUUAAUGAUAACAAAAAAAAAAUCUGACAUAGACAGCAGAAUCAUGAGUUGUGGAUAAUUUGAAAAAUGGCAGACAUUGAAUAAGCUAAAAAAAAAUUGGAUUUUGUAGAAAUAAAUCAAUACAAAAUCCUAUCCAGCAAGGACUAAUAUUGCACAUGGUAAAACUGGUUAUUGAUUCAAAAUUGAUGGAAGGAGCAGAUUUUUUUGACCCUGUCAGAACUACAUAACUGACCCAGGAAAGGUGGCUGUGGUGGAAAUUGCUAGUCAGAAGAAAAUAACCAAAAUAGCAGAAUACAUCAGUGAUCAGAUUUUGCACAGGUUCAGAACUGUGGAAUAAAAUCCUCCCUGUAAAAUUUACACAGAGAGUCACUGAUCCCAAUGGGAGAAAAUUCUAUGAAAUAGACAUGAAAAAAUAAUAAAAAAGCAAAGCCUUUUCAUUGCUUUGUGUAUAAAGUUGAUCAAGGAAUUAAAGGGAGUUAGGUGGAUCAAGGAAUUACAUUUCUGGCCACUCUGGAAAAUAUAUUCCUCAUAAAAAUUAAUGAAUUUUGGUAUAAUUCUGAUUCUAAAAAUGUUUGUAGUCCUUGACCCAAAGUGUUGAGAUGGUGGGACCAAAAGGGGUUUAAAACUGGGGUCUCAGAGCACCCUGAAAUGGUCUGGCAUGCAAGGGUUUGUUUUUCCUUUGUAGUACAUAGACUCAGUCCUUCUUCCCAGAGUACAUGCCAUGCUCACUACCUGGAAUCUGCCUCCAGGGCGGAACCAUGGGGCUAUUGUGAGCCUCACAGGAUUCUGGUGGCCUCACAAUGUCCCCCUGAGGUCAUCAAGAGAUAACCUCACCAGCCCCUGAGCUUGAGGCACAAGUCUCCUGAGGCCCAUGUGGGGGAUCAUCCUUGGUCCUCCCUAGCCACCAGGGAAAGGCCCAGAUUGAAGCCUUUCAAGGAAGCCUCUGAGGGGAGCAGGAGCUGGGAGGCACCUCAUCCACCAAGGAGCAACCCGGUGGAGACUUCUAGCUGCCAUCCUGGAGGACCUCGCACCCAGUUCCCUUCAUCCUCCCCAGGGAGAGAUGCAGAAUGACACUUCAUUGUCCCCGCCAUCUUUACCCUUGGCCUCAAACACUGCUUUGAGCACCAGCAGGCAGGCCAGUACGUCCGGACUCCCGAGAGAGAAUGAGACUGACCACCAUGCCUGCCCCAAAGGCCACCGGAAGCCCAGCAUCUCCAAGGUGAUUCUGGGGGUUGUGGCAAACAAGGGGGCACACACCCACGUAUCCCUGGCCACCCUGAAGAAGGCCGUCACCACCAUGGGUUACAACAUGACUCGCAAUGCCUGGCGCUUCAAGCGAGCGCUCAAGGGACUGGUGGACAAGGGCAUUCUCAAGCACGUGACCGGCAAGGGGGCCUCUGGCUCCUUCUGCAUGGGCAACAAGAACGCCUCCAAGUUCAAGCUCAAGGCCAAAAGCAGGCAACAGCAGCGGCGGGGGUGGCCUGGGCAGCACAGGUUGCUGCUGGGCUCCAAACAUGGGCACAAGCAGCAAGGCAAGGGGGUUCGCAGGGUGGCCAAAUGCAGCCACAGUUAAAGAGGCAGGCUUGCAAGCAGGCAUGGCGCCAGGCUGCCACAGGCUCAGUGCAGUGGGAAUAAAAGGAGCCUAACUUAUUUCAAAAAUAAAAAUAAAAAGUGUUAUGCCAACAUCCUGAAUUUCUCUAUUAGAGUUUCUUUUUUAACUUUUUCAUGUGCUUUAUCUCAGAUUUUAAAAAUCAUAUGACUAGGAUAGCUCUUUACUUGUGUGUGAUGGCAAUUACAUAACAUGGGAAUUGCCUGAUACUUGAAAAUUUAAGUCAUUAGUAAAAUUGCAACAGUAACCUGUUAUCCAAUGGUAAGAGGUCAAAAAUCCCAAAAGAUUAAGUCCAACAGUGUACAGAAAAGGAAGGGAGGAGAAUCUUUGAAAUGCUAGUAUUCUAUAGUACUGACAUUUCCAGAUGUAGUCCUUGCCUAAGGAUUUGUUUUUCCUUUGUAGUACAUACAUCACCAACUAUACAAUACUUCCUGAUACUGGGACUUGGACUAGCUCUGGCUUUUUGUCAUUUUGUUUUGUUUUGUUCUGCCAUACCAGAAACACUUCUUCAUGUUUUCAGACAGUAUUAUAUAGGAGGGGAAAAGAAAACCUUGGUUUCUCCAUAUCUGAACACCUGUCCAUUUCCCACCAACCACAUAUGUAUAUAUGUAUAUGCUUUCACAAUAAUGCUGUAGAAAAAGCAAUCUAAAAACAUUAUUGACAUACAAAAGUAAAUGCUUAUAGCUCUUACUGUUAGGUGUGGUGGUCAGUUAGAUGGCUCUGCUGAUCUUGGCUGGGAUUAAUUAUCCUGGUGCAAUUAUCAUCCUGGGGUCAGCUGGUUGUUUGCUGACUUAGGAAAUUGUUGGCUGGGAAAACUAGAGUCAUGUGCCUCUGCUCAGAAAAUGUUCACGAGGCAUGAUGUAAGUGCAAAGAGAAAACUGAAACUUGCAGGCCUAGGCUUGGAGCUGGCAUACCAUUCAUCACUAUCAGAGCUGCUAUUGACCAAAAUCAAAGUCACAAGGCCAGGCCAACUCAAGGGGUGAGGAAACAGGCUCUGCCUCUUUAGUGAAAAUAACUGAAACAGGCAUGGAUAUAGGGAGAGGGGAGAGAACUGGCCAUCCUUGUGAUCUACCACACUGUAUCCCCUCUGUCUUCAGCUCAUUCUGUCUAAACAUCAGUGACCCUGUAUCCUUUCCCCUCACAUCUCCCUACCGCAGUGUGGGGGCACAAGUCAGCUCCAGAAGAGACGGUGGUCUUUUCUGCCCUAACACUUGAGCUGUCCCGGCGACCCACAGCAGCAGCGGGGCCUUUUGGUCAGGGUAAGGAGCAGGAUCUGCUAAGUGAGCCAUUUGACGAUGUCCCAGUUGGGAAGGCAGGGAAGGGAGAGAAGAGAGACUCUGUGGCAGACCUCAGAGACAUGGCUGCAGAUGACUCAGUGGAGAGAGACUACUGGGGAACCAUGGUGCACAUCUCUGCCUUUUAGUGAGUGAGGAAUAUAGAAGAAUGAGGAUUGGGACUACACAGAAUAACACCUAUUAGAGGUGCAGCCUUCUCCACGUCAGUAGCAUAUAUAAAGUUGGGGUAAGUCUGACUUAAAGACUUUGCCAUCACUGGCUGCCUGACUUUGGGAGGCUCUAUAGCUCUGAGGACACUGAUAAAACCAAGGGGAUGCACAGGUCUCAGGGAACCUCCCAUCACCAACACUCCAUGGCUAUGAAUUUCAUUUUGUUACCAAGCUAAACUCUUUUCACAUACAUUCAUUUUUCAGGUCAGCCUGCAGCACAACUGCUGAUAAUUUUAAAAAUCAGAAGGAACACUACCAACAGCAUACCCUGAAACCCAAGCUCUCCGAGAUGGGUAUUCUACCACCUUAGAUGAUCAAAAGCUGACCAAAGAGUAUUAUUCUGUCAAAGUACCUUGGUAUGAAGGGAGCCAAAUGUGUAUGUUUUUCAGGUUCACUUGGGAUUGAAGAAAGAUUCAGAUCUAUUUCAAGCAAUAACAUCUCUGAAUCUGCUCACAUCAAGAAUUACUACUUUUCCCCCAUUUCAGUUCCAUUUUUAAAAUUUGACUUUUUUUUUGAACAGGUGAUACAUGCACACAUGUAAUUAAACACAGGUUUCAAAAUAAUAUAAAGUAAAAAAUAACUUUCCCUGUCAUCUCUAUUCCUAAGAUACCCAAUUACCCUCCACGGUGGCAA